AUGUCAGGCCAAGUUUCGGAUACGAUUGGAUUACAAGACUUCAGAAUGGAAAGUGGUUCUUUUGUGGAGGAUCAUAACCAUGAACUCACCCCGUCGAUAUAUUCCCAUGUCAUACCGGCUUAUCGCACUUUGAGUGAAAGUGAUAGAGCUCAGGUAGAUAGCCUUCAUUCAUCUAGCAUUAGAACAUGUCAUAUUAUGGGUUUCAUAAUGGUGCAAAAAGGUGGAUAUUCAAUAGUUGGGUUUCUAAAGGAGGAUUUGUACAAUUAUAUUAACAGACAGAAACAUUACAAGCUACGAGGUGAGGAUGCACGAGCUGCUAUUAGUUAUUUGAGAGGCAAGGAAGACAAUGAUGCAAUGUUUUAUUCGAAAUACACGACUACGAAGGAUGUGUCAAAUAAACACCUGAAAUCAGUUGUGACAGAUGGUGAUGGGGCUAUAAGGGAGGCAAUCAAACAAGUCUUUCCAAGUGCAUCACAUCGUCUAUGUGCAUGGAACUUGCACAAGAACGCAAAGGAUAAUGUGAAGAAUAAGUCCUUCUUGACUGGCUUUGCGAAAGCAAUGUAUUCUGAUUUCACAAUUGAGGAGUUUGAAGAAUACUGGAAUAACCUGGUUGUUGAACACAAUCUUGUGGGAAUACUGGAAUAA